GGUACUGUGUUCCGUGUGGUUCUGUGUUCCGUGUGGUUUUGUGUUCUGUGUGGUUCUGUGUUCUGUGUGGUUCUGGUCGGCGCCACGUGUCAGUCAGUGUGCAGUGUGUUGAUGAUGUCAUUCUAAGAGGUUAGAUGAGUGAGUGAGGUGAGUUAAUGGAGGUUGUGGUUUCACCAGAUUUAUCUUUGGAUGUUUCUGUCUGGCUGUGAUAGAGAAGCCAGAGUUUUCUCUUGACUCAGCUGAGAGGAAGUGCUCAGCUUAGUCCAAGAGACUAGCCUGUCACAGGAAACUGUUUAACCGUGAAACGGUUUGAAACUUUGAAAACAAGCAAAACAAUGUUUACGUGUCUUCAAGUGUGCCUGUGUGUGUGUGUUGUGUGUGUUUGUGUGCCUGUGCGCGUGUGUGGGUGUCAUGCAACCAUGACUCACAAGAACUGAGGCUGUUCAUCCUGUUUCUGCAUUCAGAAGAUUUCUCAAAUUGUGACACGCUGUGUUACCUGCUCAUGCCUGGCCAGCGCUUGACUGGGUCCGAGGCGGCUACCUCUUAUACUGGCUGUCUGUGGUCCAUACUGUGCUACCUGGCUGUCUACAUGACUGUCUGUGAUCCAUACUGUGCUACCUGGCUGUCUACAUGACUGUCUGUGGUCCGUACUGUGCUACCUGGCUGUCUACAUGACUGUCUGUGAUCCACACUGUGUUACCUGGCUGUCUACAUGACUGUCUGUGGUCCAUACUGUGUUACCUGGCUGUCUACAUGACUGUCUGUGGUCCAUACUGUGUUACCUGGCUGUCUACAUGACUGUCUGUGGUCCGUACUGUGUUAGAUGGCAUAUUGUUUUUACACGCUCUUUCAGUCCAGUCCAAACACUUCUGCUUAGUUCAUGACCUUACCUCCUUGUUUAUCAGUUUCAGAAUAACAAGAAUGCUUUGAUACUGAGUGUGGAGAAGGAGAAGUUAUUCAUCUGGAAUGUCUCACAGAAAAGGCUGUCUUUGGUUGUGGCUUGAACUGAACACAACCUUGGCUGACCAGGUUGUGUUCAGUCGUUUCAAUAAUGUGUGUUCUCUCUCUCUCUCUCUCUCUCUCUCUCUCUCUCUCUCUUUCUCUCUGUGUUUUCUGUGUGAUGUGUGCUCUCUGUGUGUUUCGUGUGUGUUCUGUGUGUGUGUUCUGUGUGUGUACUGUAUGCAGCUGUCUCCAGACUUCCUCCACCCAGGUCAGAGGAACCCAGAGACUGGUUGGCAGUCCAGACAGAGCAUGCAGCGUGCAGUUUCUUCCGACACUCUUAACACUGUCGUCGACGGCAACACUGUCGCCCAUGACAAUGGUGAUGUCCAGCGACGUCACUCCGCCCUCCUGCAUGGAGAAAAUACACUCAGCCACUCCCUGUCCAUGAUCCUGCCUGAGUCCCAGAGCCAGGGCAGGGAGUUCUCCUACAACGGGACCAACAUCAUAGUGGAGCCCCCGUCUCCAGUCAGCUCCCCCGACAGCCCUGACAAAACCACGCCGGAGCUGGAGAAGGCGGGGCUUCUGAACAAGACCAAGAUCGCAGAGGGAGGCAGGAAACUCAGGAAGAACUGGAGCCAGGCCUGGGUGGUUCUGGUGGGGAACAGCCUGGUGUUCUUCAAGGAUCCCAAAGCUCAGACCCCCUCCAGCUGGAGACCAGGAAACAGCCGUCCAGAGAGCAGCGUGGACCUGCAAGGAGCUCAGUUGCACUGGGCCAACGACCUGUCCAGCAAGAAAGGAGUCUUCAGGCUGAGGACGGUGACGGGUAACGAGUUCCUGCUCCAGUCAGACACUCUGUCUCUGAUCAGCGAGUGGUACACAACCAUCCAGGGUGUCCUCCAACGACUGGACCGUGAGAACCCUCUGGACAACGUGCUGCUGUACUCCCUGAGGAGAGCUGGCAGCGUGGAGAUGCUGGACCACAGUGGAGAUGAGGACGACAGCAGGGGGGUCAAGUCUCCACUCCCUCGCUCCAUCUCCAGCCUGGAGAACACAGAGAAGAAGAGGGUGAAGAGCAGGCUGAAGAAGCUCAUCAUGAAGAGGCCUCCUCUCCAGGCCCUGCAGGAGAAGGGCCUCAUCAAGGACCAGGUGUUUGGCUGUAGUCUGGAGAUCCUGUGUGAGAGAGAGAAGAGCUCAGUGCCUCGCUUCGUCCGGCUCUGCACACAGGCUGUGGAGAGGAGAGGUCUGGAGACAGAUGGAAUCUACAGAGUGAGUGGCAACCUGGCGGUGAUCCAGAAACUACGUUUCCUGGUGAACCAUGAGAGAGCCGUGACCACUGAUGGACGAUACAUGUUCCCUGCUGAGUUGGUACAAGAGGAGAAGCUGAACCUGGAGGACAGCAGAUGGGAGGACAUCCACGUGGUGACAGGAGCCCUGAAGCUGUUCUUCAGAGAGCUGCCUGAGCCUCUGGUACCUUACGGCUUCUUCACCGACAUCAUAGAGACCGUCAAGAUGUCUGACUACGUGGACAAGCUGGACAGGAUGAAGUGUCUGGUCCUUAGCAUGCCCCCUCCCAACCAUGACACCAUGUGCUUCAUGAUCCGCCACCUCCAACGGGUGAUGGAGCACUCGGAGGACAACCGCAUGACCACCCAGAACCUGGGCAUCGUGUUCGGGCCCACGCUCAUGAGGCCAGAGAGGGACAGUGCCAACAUGGCCGUCAACAUGGUGUACCAGAACCAGGCCGUGGAGCUCAUCCUCAGUGAGGCCAACCACAUCUUCGGACACAGUUCCCCCCUCUGACCCCCUCUUACCCACACCAGGAACAAGACCCCAGACCCUGACCCUGGACCCUGGACCCCAAACUCAGAACCAGGACUUUGUGUCUGGAGGACCAGGCCCCACAACCUCAGACCAGAAUCUAGAAUGUAGAAUCUAGAAUCAGGGACCAAUCAGAACCAGCUCACUGUGACCCCAGCAUCCUAACCCCCUGUGGCAGGGAGAACCAACGCUCCCACAACACCACCAACAACAUCAACACCAACAACAUCAACACCAACAACAUCAACACCAACAUCAACACCAACAACAUCAACACCAACAACAUCAACAUCGCUGUUGUUGGGAAACAAUCAACUUUCCCCAGCACAUACUAUACACCUAUAUGCAUUUGUACAUAUACAGUAUACUUAUACAGUAUGUAUGGACAUGUACAGUAUAGGCUGUUCAUGCUGGUGCAGUCUACCAUUCUAGUGAAUUGUAGGGUCAAGGGUCAAAUCAAGGUCGUUAAAGUCUCUUCUGUACAGUUAUGGUAAGUUUACAAAUGUGUUUCUCUGGAUCGUGUUACUGACUCAGCUGUAUCUUAUAGAGGUAAGGAUCUGUCUCCAUGGUUACUGUUCCCUACUCUACUUCCUGCUACCGAGCGGAACCUUCGCCCUUGGAACCUCGACCCUUCUAGAAGGUUCGGCGUCUUCCGUACCCGAAGCGACAACCCUGUUCUUCUACUUCCUGUUUUUUUUUCCUGGAGUGUGUUUGUACAUAUGUUAACUAUGUGAGCUGCGGUGCUAACAGAUGAUCAUGUGGUGGGUGGCUGAUAAGGACACAGAUGAUGUGAAGUACUUCCUCUGUUACAUCCACCAUGAGACCCAGGCUGUAAAACACCCAUAAUAAACUUGUGCCGUGACCCAU